AUGUCAGUCUUCAAGAAUGGGCCUUGUGUGCAGAUCCAGAGUCCUGCUGAGGAGGUGCACUGUCAGGCCUGCGUAUCGGGGAGCUUUUCUGAUGCACUGGACUCUGAACUCUGCCGUCCACACACGUCCUGCGAGCACCUCGGCAGAAAGCUUGCAGUCUCUGGCACCUGGAGCUCAGACUCGGUCUGUGGCGGCUGUCUGCCUGGGUUUCACUUCUCAGUCAAAGAACAAACUUCCAGCCAAAGACCCUGUGUGAAAACAGAUGUUCACGUCAGAGCGGUCCGCACGGUGGACAAAGGCCCGUCGGGAGGAACAGGAGGACCGGCCAACAGCACGGUGGUGCGCAGCGCCGAGGAGAAGACAGCAGAGUACGCCGUCUUUGCUCUGGUGCCUGUCUUCUGCAUAAUGGGCCUGAUGGGGAUCCUCAUCUGCAACAUCCUGAAGAAGAAGGGAUACAACUGCACCGCUGAGAAGGAGGGAGGAGACGAAGAGAGUGCCACACCCCAGAAGGAAGGUAACAGCUGCCCUUACAUUUCUGAUGACCUGAAUGAAGACACCAUCAGCGUUCUGGUCCGCCUCAUAACUGAGAAGAAAGAGAAUGCUGCAGCGCUGGAGGAACUGCUGCUCGAGUAUGAGAGCAAACAGACGAGCAAAGCAUCGUCAAUCAAGUUUCCAAUGCUGUCUCCACUGUCCACCUUCUGCUCCCUCCCCAGGCUUUGCCCCCACCACUCCCACCUCCACACCAUCUCAGGCCUCUCUGGUUUGGCCCCCAGACACGGGUACCGCUGCUCUCGCUGCGCUCAGAGAAAAUGGCCCCCUGUUCUCAUUCCUCCCUUGGAGUCCUUCAAAGACCCAAAGAAGCCCCCACAGAGCCUUCUUCUGCCCUCCUUGGGUACCCCUACUGACCAGCUGAAGAACCCCCUCCUGGGGGGCGUCGUGCCAAAAACUGUAGUGGACCAAGUGGAUGGGAGAGAGGAGAGGAAGGGUGAGGAGCUGACGGUGCUCUCUGUGGGGAGGUUUCAAGUUGCUCACAUACCUGAGAACAAACCGGGUGCUUUGGAAACCAAGACCUGCACCCAGGAGAAGAGGAACUCCCUGUUUGCUGGAAAAACCUUCUCCUCCUCCUCCUCAUCAGUUUUUAGGAGAUGAAGAGAAUGAAAGACGCUGCAUGAUGAUGCUACCUCGUGGAAGAAGACCCGUCUCCUGAUGACAGCUGUGACGCAG